AUGUCUAGCACCACCGUUCUCACACCGGGAACGAUCACUCGAGAGAAGAACGAAAAUGGCGACCCUCUGUAUCCUGACUACAUGCCAUUCUAUGAUCCUCUCGAGAAGGUAGAAGACAUCGGUUCUUUCGAGCACUUUGAUCCUGGCCAUCGUGCCGAUCCCAAGUUUCCCAAUCUUCUGAAAAAUGCCACCAAGAUUUGGGAGCUUUCGCCGCAUGUGGGAACUGAAAUCCACGGAGUCCAACUCUCUCAACUUGACAGUGCUGGCUUGGAUGAGCUAGCUCUCCUCGCUGCGCAGAGGGGUGCCUUGGUAUUCCGCGAUCAGGAUUUCGUGAAUAUUGGCUUCGAGGCGCAAAAGAAGAUUGUGAGCCAUUUUGGUCCUCUGCAUAUUCAUGGCUGGGCGCCUCAUCCUGCUGCGGGAUCAGAGGAGCAUAUGAUUAUCUAUGACCACAAAGAUGAUCUCCGAGUCCGUCAAUCCUGGGCUGGUCGAAGCCCAGUCCAAUGGCACACAGACCAGAGUCCUGAGCAACAGCCCCCUGGAACCACUUUCAUUGCGAUGCUCGAGUCACCAACCACUGCGGGAGGAGACACGCUCGUGAGCUCUAGUGUGAGAGCAUACAGCAGUCUCUCGCCUCGUUUCCGAAAGCGCCUUGAAGGCCUUGUUGCCGUCCACACCAACAACGAUGGUGUCACUCAAGAAAUGAAGCAUGGCCAGCAAGCUGUUAUGCGGCGCGGCGUCCUCCGAGCUGAACACCCCGUUGUGCUGGUUCAUCCGGUGACGAAGCAGAAGGCUCUUUAUGUCAACCCGGUCUACACGAAGAAAAUCGUCGGAUUUGACCAGGAAGAGUCCGACUGUAUUCUCAAAUUCCUUUUCGACCAUAUCGCCAAGCGACAAGACUUCUCUUGUCGAAUCCGCUAUGAAGCUGGCACAGUUCUUGUAUGGGAUCAGCGAGUCACCAAUCACUCGCAGACACUCGACUACCCCGUUGGAGACCGCAGACAUGGAUUCCGAUUGACUCCUCUCGCGAACAAACCAAUUCCAGCAAAGGUUGAAGAGGAUGAUGGAGAAUGUUCAAAAGAUGAGGCUCGGGUGCAAUUAAGUCUGUGUUGA